GAAACCCUAGCAGCAGCAGCAGCAGCAGUCACCCCUGCACUGAGCGGAGACCGCGCGAGAGAGCGAGGCAAGAAGACAGAGCGAAAAUGGUGAAGUUCCUGAAACCCAACAAGGCCGUAAUCGUGCUGCAGGGCCGCUACGCCGGCCGGAAGGCGGUGAUCGUCCGCUCCUUCGACGACGGCACAAGGGACCGCGCCUACGGCCACUGCCUCGUCGCCGGGAUCAAGAAGUACCCCAGCAAGGUGAUCAGGAAGGACUCGGCCAAGAAGACGGCGAAGAAGUCCCGAGUCAAGUGCUUCGUCAAGCUCGUGAACUACCGCCACCUGAUGCCCACCCGUUACACCCUCGACGUCGACCUCAAGGACAUCGUCACCGCCGACUGCCUCCAGAGCAAGGAUAAGAGGGUGACCGCCUCCAAGGAGACGAAGAAGCGCUUCGAGGAGCGGUUCAAGACCGGCAAGAACAGGUGGUUCUUCACCAAGCUCAGGUUCUGAGGUCCUAUGAGAAGGAAGAAAAACUCUAUCCUGGAUGCAUUUUGUCCCUCCUUUAAGCCAUUUCUGCUAUUUAUAGUGCCCUUUUACUGUUUGAGGAGUUGGAUCUGUUUGAACAUUGUAGUUCCUUUAAGCAGGUUUAACUGUUUGAUUUCUCGUACUUAGUCUGUUCGGUUUUUCUAUAGAUGUCGGAUCUACGUCUGGGUAAUUGAGAUUUUGUCUUUGCUUUUCUCUUAA